AUGGCUGAGGUUCAGAAGCAACACGUAAUGGGCAUGCCGCCUUUCGUGGCGGACUUCCUGAUGGGUGGUGUCUCUGCCGCCGUCUCGAAGACUGCCGCUGCUCCUAUCGAGCGUGUCAAGCUUCUCAUCCAGAACCAGGACGAGAUGUUGAAGACUGGCCGUCUCGACCGCAAGUACGCUGGUAUUGGCGAGUGCUUCAAGCGCACUAUCGCCGAUGAGGGUUUCAUGUCCCUGUGGCGUGGAAACACUGCCAACGUCAUCCGAUACUUCCCUACCCAAGCCCUGAACUUCGCUUUCCGCGACAAGUUCAAGGCCAUGUUCGGAUACAAGAAGGACAAGGACGGAUACGCCAAGUGGAUGGCUGGUAACCUUGCCUCCGGUGGUGCUGCUGGUGCCACUUCCCUCCUCUUCGUCUACUCCCUCGACUACGCCCGUACUCGUCUGGCCAACGAUGCCAAGAACGCCAAGAAGGGUGGUGACCGUCAGUUCAACGGUCUCGUGGACGUCUACAAGAAGACCCUUGCCAGUGAUGGUAUCGGUGGUCUGUACCGUGGCUUCAUGCCCUCAGUCGCCGGUAUCAUUGUCUACCGUGGUCUGUACUUCGGUAUGUACGACUCCAUCAAGCCGGUCGUCCUGGUCGGUCCUCUCGCAAACAACUUCCUGGCUUCCUUCGCUCUCGGCUGGACUGUCACCACUGGUGCCGGUAUCGCCUCUUACCCUCUCGACACCAUCCGCCGUCGUAUGAUGAUGACCUCCGGUGAGGCCGUCAAGUACAACGGUACUCUGGACGCUGCCCGCCAGAUCGUCGCCAAGGAGGGUGUCAAGUCCCUGUUCAAGGGUGCUGGUGCCAACAUUCUCCGUGGUGUCGCCGGUGCUGGUGUCCUGUCGAUCUACGAUCAGCUCCAGGUCAUCAUGUUCGGCAAGGCCUUCAAGUAG